CCAGAGUCAAACCAAAGAUCCGGGAUCUUCUGAGCACUUUGCAGUGUUCUUAACCGCGUACUUGUCUACAUAUUCGUUACUUUUAAUAAAGCUACUGCUGGUGCGACAACUUUGCCUUGUCAGGUGACAAAUUCCACCGAGCGCGUUUUACCUGGCGCCACGCCCGGGGCGCUUGUUCGUUCGUUUUGCUCCAACGCACACACAGCAUCAUCCCAUCCUCGGCACCCAUCCCCUUUCACGCCCCUAAUCUCUCUCUCCCUCUCUCUCUCUCUCUCCUUCUCAUCCCAUCCAUCCCAUCCGCAUCCGAAGCGCUUUCUCCUCCCUCUCAAAUACACAAUGUCUUCAGCAGGCGCUGCCACGAGUUGGCGGACCAACUUUAGCAACGUGCCGCCGUUGACAAAAAGCAUAUCCACAGCCAUGACGGUCAUGACCGCCUUAGGAUUCGUCCUUCGCUUCAGAGAUAUGGCCCUGGUCAGCUAUUCCGACGACGAUUCGGGUUUGGAUCCUAGUGCUCCAUAUGCAAGUGCAGAGGGUACCAUUAUCUCGCUCCUUGCCCUGGUGCCCGUCUCAGCACCUUACCGGUUCUGGACGUUUGCUACAGCUUCGUUCUUUGAGAGGAGUAUCAUCCAGUUUGCUAUCAACACAGUGGUCCUGCUCGGGAGCGGCAAAUAUCUGGAACGUGCAUGGGGAUCACGCGAGUUCUUCAAGUUUUUGGCGGUGACCAGUGUCGGUAGCAUGCUCGCCAUCUACUUUACUUGUCUCUUCGAGUACAUCGUUCGCGGUAACGAGGAUCUAUUAUACGAUACACGGGUUUAUGGACUGACUGCAGUCAUGGCCGGAUUCUUGAUCGGCUUUAAGCAGCUCGUUCCUGAGCACCUUGUCACCAUGUGGGGCAUCUUUUCGGUCCGUGUCAAGACCCUGCCAAUGUUCUUUGCCCUGUUCAUGAUUUUCGAAAGCCUGAUCACGCGCAGUCAGGUUCAGCUCAUGCUGGCCAUGUAUGGCCUGCUUAUCUCCUGGAUCUACUCGAGAUUUUUCAAGAUCCAGGAUGGUAUCCGUGGAGACCGCAGUGAAACCUUUUCCUUUGCAUCCUUCUUUCCAGAGGCAGCACAACCCCCUGUCAAAGCCGUGUCGAACCUCGUCUUUGGCAUUUUGGUGCGACUUCGUAUCUGCACGCCAUUGGGAUUUGGUGCGAGCUUUGAGCGCGAUCUUGAAAGCCCUCAGAUGUCAGGCAUGGUACUACCCAUGACACAACCUGCUAGCCUGCGGGCAGAAGCAGAACGCAGAAGAGCAUUGGCAUUGAAGGCCUUGGAUAUGAGGCUACAUGCGGCGGCAGGAAACAGCGCCAGUCUCCCAGGACUCAGUCAAAAGACCUUCUUGGGACCAUCACCAUCUGCAAACAACCCCAUUUCCUUCCCAUCAAUACCAGCACAGUCCUCGUCCACAAGCAAGCCGAACGACGAGAGCGACGUUCUGUUUGAAACGACAGCCCUGGAUGAGGACCUCGACUCUACCAAGGGCUCCAAAAAUAGCAGCGGCAGCAUUGGCACACCUAAUACCGCAUCUGGCGCAAAGAAGCAAUGAGAAGCCAAGACGCUUACAUCGAUAUAUAAACAUAAUGCCAUGAGAGCUAAUAAAGCUCUCCUGUAUACUGAUGGCGAUUUGAGCAGGCAAAAGAUUGAAGAGUAAAUUACAUUAAGAUAGCGGUAGAAAUACAAAUGCAGCGAAGAAAAAAAAAAGCGUCUAUACAAA